AUGCUGCUCUUAAGGUACAUUCUGCUAUCUUAUUUUUGGUGCACAUCACUCAUUAAAGCGCAGGCCUGGAUCAAGAAGGAAUAUAUCCGCGGCUCUUCUAUGCAGGCCGAUGCGCGUCAGUGUUGUAUCAAUGAACAACAGGUGCAGGAAAGUGGCAAUACAGUCAAUCACACAGACACACAGGUGACCUUCGACAAGCACGGCGGUGUCGGCAACCUCAGUCAGCAGCCCAAGAUCCUGAAUGAAGCUCUCAGUGUGGUGAUGAAGGGGCUCCGACGCCAUCUGUUCCUUUCGAAGACAGGCGUCGCGAUAUCUAUGAAAGUCGAGGCCGAUGUUGCUGAUGACUUCAAUAAAAGCGACGCUGAAGGCAUCGAGAGUGUCAAGACUCAUGAGCUUUUGGGUGGCCUGAUCACGGCCAGAACCGCGGUUAAGUCCGUUCUUAAGUCAAACGUCAAGUUCAAACCUAUCCUGGAGCGCUGUGAUGCACAGCCCGCAUACCUCAAGCUUCUCUGCAUUGUGGUCUGGGAACAUCGCUCUUCACAGCGGAACGGUCUAGUCACGAUUGGGCGCGACAUGGUCGACAAGUAUGACGCCUUCGAGCUCAAGAAGUUGUUUCUGAAGGACAAGCCUACCAAGGAAGAUUUAAUCUGCCUGCAGAACGCCGCGCUGGCGCUAUUGGAGAAACAGGUGUUUGUCCACGUGGACAAACUGGUGCACACGGACAAUCACGAUGAAGACGUGAAGGUGGAAUUCAUGAUCUCCCCCUUGGAUCAGAGGUUCCCGUACAGCAGCCCGUACAUCUCCGAAUACGUUGCCCGCGGUUUAAUGGGCCUCGCAAAGGAGAAGAGCUCCCUUAAAUUCCAGCCUCCGCAAUUCCCGGUCCCGGUGGAAGACGCGCCCGAGGACCCCAAACGCCCCCAGAAGUUGGUACUUUGGCUGAUGGUAGCCUUCGCAGCUAUGAUGCUCGAAGUCACUAUCCAUGGCUACGUAAACGGAAAAUAUUCCGCUGGCGCCAUCAACGAGGACGAACUCGGCCUGAUAUACAAGUCUCAUGACGACAAGAUCUCCGAGUCAAAACCCAGCUCUCAGAAGGGUAUUUUCACCAGAAUAUUCCAGGAGGCAUUGUAA